GCACAUGUUUCCCUGCCUCUCAUGUUUCCUCUCACUCUGUUCAAACCUCCGAGAGGGAAAAGAGACGGUCCCAGCACUCUGCGCUCCUCUACGUCUCCGCACAUUGCCAGCGGGCUGAUCACUGUCUGCUGCUCCGCACCAACUCCUGGAAAAUAUCCUGCGGAGCCACGUAAACGCCGCUUGUUUCAUUAUAUAAGCAGGGAGAGAGAAAACUGCAGCAGAGUACCCAGUGCUGGUCCGAGAGAUGUCCUGCGUGCAGAAUAUGAGCACCUCAUCUCCCCAUCGAGUCCUGUAACCAAUGGCAACCUCAGUCCAGACUCUUCCUCUGACCCGUGGCCCCAACAAAAACUUCCGUAACCCGUUGCCCCUCUCGUCCCGUUGCGGCAUGGGAAGUGUAGGUAGUCUGGUGGAGAGGCCAGAUGUGUCACCGACUAAAGGCAGCCGUGCAGUGCCCCAGGUGAGACCCAAACAGACCAACGGCCUCCUGAAGAAAGGCUUCACCCAAAGAGAGCUACUCAACUACCUCAACAUCACCAGAAAAGAGCCUAAAGCAAGUGCAAGCAGUGAGGGUAAGAAGGACGUUAUCCCUUGCCUCAGCCCUGCCAGUGGCCGUGAGGAGGACAACUUAUACGCCAAGGUCUACCAUAAAGACGGCACCGAAGUAGAUUUGACAAAGAACUCACUGCCAAGUGGGGGCAAGUAUGAAAAGGCUCGUUUAAGGUCUGCCUUCAAGCCUGUCACCCCCAAAAAUUUCAGCUCCAUGCAAAACCUCUAUCCAUCAUCCAAGUCGGAGGACGUGGACCACGGCCUCUCUAACGGGCUCCACAGAGCCUACGCCCAUGUCCCUAAAGCUGUCUCCACGUCGUCUUCGUCUUCGUCACCCUCACGUCAUGGAGGACCAACAGCCAGUGGAAACAAGGCCCUCUCUUCGGUGCGUGGGAUGAGCCAGGAGGAUGAUAACCUGUCAGACUCAGGCCAUAACUCCAUGAGCAGCCUGCCGCCAUACCGGCCUCCCUUCCGCCCACACCUGUCUCACAUCAGUGCAUCUAUGGGCCACAUCAACACCAUUGGCUCCCUAGAACGCACCUCUCUGGGCCAGAAGGCUGCAGGGCCAGGCGGUGUUGCCAUUGGGGAAAUGGCGUGUCGGAGCAUGGCAACCCUGAGCCGUUUGGCUCCAUAUGGAGGGGAGGCUCCACCUCCUUAUGAAUGGACACUCUCCCUGUCUGUUGAGGAAGUGGUCCGGGAUCUCGAGGAGCGACUGGUGGAGAAAGAGCACGAGCUGAAACAGAUGAGGAGAAACCUGGAUGAAAGUGAGGGCGCCAUCGCUCAGGUGUUUGAAGGGAAACAGCGUCUGUGGGAGAAGGAGGUGGAGGAGCUGAAACGUCUGUAUGCCGCCAAGCUGCGUCAGGUUUCCCAGCAUGCCCAGCGUUCCCAGCGCAGCCUGCAGUUGCAGCUGUUCAAGGCCCAGCAGGAGAAGAACAGACUGCAAGAGGAGCUCGACAACCUGAAUAAGGAAAGGAGCCAAGAGGCUGGAGCCAUAACAAAGCGAACCAGUCCGACUCUGGAGGAGACACAGUGGGAGGUUUGCCAGAAGUCAGGAGAGAUCUCCCUGUUGAAGCAGCAGCUGAGGGACUCCCAGGCGGAGGUGACCCAGAAGCUGAGUGAGAUCUUCCAGCUGAAGACGCAGCUCAGGGAGACCCGCACAGAUCUGCGCAACAGGGAGGGCCAGAUAGACGCACUGAAGCUAGUCCUGCAGGGGACACAGCGUCGCAGAUGCCCCUCUCAGACUGCACAUGAGGACGGAAAAGGAGGUGAAGAGAGUCCUUCAGCUGGGGCAACAGGAGGAUGCGGGGGCCCUACGGAGGAGCGUCUGCGCGCAGAGCUCCUGCUGGAGCGACGCCAGAGCGAGGCCCAGGCCAUGGCUUUCGAGGAGGAGAGGAAGACAUGGCAGACAGAAAAGGACAAGGUCAUCCGCUACCAGAAGGAGCUGCAGGCCAGCUACUUAGAGAUGUACCACCGCAAUGAGGCACUGGAGAGGGAACUGUACCUGCUGCGGCUAAACAGAGAGCGAGGAGGAGCAGGAGCAGGAGCAGGAGGAGGUGGAGGAGGAGGAGGAGGAGGAGGAGGGGGAGGGGGAGGAGGGAGCAGAGAUGGGACAUUGGAAAGAGAAGUGCCAGAGCUGAGGAGUGAGAGAGGGGGUGAAAAACAAGAGGACAGACCUUCUUCUGGUUUGCCGUGGAUAGAGAGAAUUGAAUCAUCUGAAAUUUGAAUGUGACGGUCUGACUGGUAUUUGCAAUGCAAACUGUUAUCUCCCUGAAGUGUGCUUGCUAUGGAGGCCCGUGUCCGCCAGAAGAAGGGUAAAAAUAGACUUAACAAGUCAAAGUUAUGAGAUAAGGAAGAGUUUUUAACUCACUAAGGUAAAAUUUUAGACAUUUUCAGUACUUACCAGGUUAUUAAUUAUGAGUAAACUAUCACAUUUUUAAUUCACUUUGUCAAAAUGCUUUAUUUAACACAUUUUAAAUGAUGUGAUCCUCAACUCUUUUGAUCUGCCAUGUAAAUAUGAUCAGAUACUAAGUCAGCAUGUUGACUCACUAAAGCUCACACUAUCCGUAAGACCGUUUUUCAGCUUUUACAAAGAGAUUUCUCACAUUUUUCCACAUCUCUCAGCAAAAAGCUUCUUCUUUCCCCAGUGUGGUGGCUGUGGUAAAGCCAUUUGAUGCUCCUGUUAGGGUUGUCAACUUCUGGUUGGUCAGUUGAUUGGUUGGUCCAUAUGCUCUUGUCCAACCAAAUUCUCAUUGGUCGGUCAAUCGCUGGUGUUAUUUAAUAAGGCUGUGUGUCCUCUAAAGUGUUGCUUUGCCCAGCUUGAAACAGCUUUUGUUGUUCAGCACUUGUAGAGGUCCUCUGCAACAGUUGGUUUUGGUGGUAUUUUUGGCUCACUCCUUCUCACGGCAUUAUUAUCAUUUCAUUCAGGUACCAGUGAGUACCAAGCUCAUUUAGCUCUCUCAGUCUAAUCUUUGUUAAAUGCCACAAUCAUAUAAACACAGGCAAAUUAGCCAUCACUAACAUACCCUUAAGUCUUUCAGCCCGAAUCGGCUACCCAGCAGUUACUGCUCUGCUGUGGGUGUGUGCUUUGUGCUAACGUUAGCUGCUAUUAGCUGCUGAACAAGAGGCUCUCUCACUCUUUGGUUCAGAGGGUGUGUGCUGUGCCACCAUAGACUGCGUGCUACUGGGUUAGCUGCUAACAAGAGUCUGUCGCUGCAGCCAAGCCUUUGUUCUUUGACUCAGGGUGUGUGUGUGUGUGUGUGUGCUUUGUGCUACUAGGUUAGCUGCUAAUGAGUAGUUCUUCACUUCGCAGCAACUCCUUCUUCGUUUCAGUUUCUUCAGCAGACACGCCCCCAGCAUCUUGGAGCAGAGAAUCAAAUUUGGCUGAGUGGUUAAUAACACACUUUUCUAUUGUGUGGUAAACUCAUAACACAUUUAUUUUUGCUUUACCUUGACUUUACGUCAACACUGGGAUAGUACUACCUCAAAAGUCUGACAUAUUAUCUCAUAUUUUUGACUUUGAAGAGUAUAUUGAUUUUUUACCAUGCAUAAUUUUCAUCUGUUUUCCUUCUCCUGGCCUCUCAUGGGCUUCCAUAGUUUCUUGUCUGUUUGCCAUUCUCUGCCCAUGCACCCUUGUUGAUUGUUUAAUGCCCUGAUCCUGCAAAGACUGGACCAAUAAUCUCCUACAGAACACACUAAUACUGAGGGUCGCUGCACAGAGACACUGUCUGUGUCUCAUCUGUCCUUUGGCAGAAGAGUGGUGACAACUCUGUAAAAAUACAGCCAAACACCUGAACUGUCCUGCUUAAGACUUCUAUCCAAUUAUAAACCUGUAAAUGAGCAAAUUAAUAUCCUGAUUGUUUAUAUUUUAUGUUCAUUUGAUAGAUAAUUUCUGGUUUGGACUGCUGUAUAGUCUUAGUCUUAUAGACAGUAACCAAAGGACUCAAAGGGAUUUGGUGUGGCCCAGGAACAUCUCAGCACCUGUUCAGUCUGUGCAGAAGAGUCUGUGGAUUCAGGGUUCACCUGGGUCUGUGAGGAAAGCUGCAUCUCUGGGUUAAGUAUUUGGGAUUAAACCAAUCUGGUGCCAAGGUACUAAUGCUAUGUCUUUGCCAUGGAGAAAACUGUGUACCAUACUUAAGAAACUGGAAAUGUUGGACCUUUAUCUCAUUGAGUGUCCAGCUCCUGUCAGGUGAGAUCUAUAUAUUUUGUACAUAAUGUAAUUUUGAUUUGAUCGGCCUUUUGUCAUUGUAUUUCAAGCACACUGUUGUCUUAAAUGGGCAUACUGCCACAUGUUUUGAUUGCAGUGAAAGCGAUCGACACAUUCAGAUGUUAAACAUGACUGCCCUGCUUACCGGUGCGAUUUGUUGCGCAUACCCAGCCAAUGCCAUUAUAAAAUGCAUGACAUAGGUGAAGUUGCUCUCUUGUAUUGUUUAUUAUGAAUAUAUGAACAUCCAAAAGCCAGCUCUCAACCAACCCUUCAACAUACUGUGACUCUUGUCUAUUUACUGGAAUUAAACCUGUACAAUAUAUAUAUAUAUAUAUACGUUUGG